GCGCAGUAGGCGUGGACGUGUGUGUCCGAUAGCCAUGAAUGGGGUGGUGGAGACGCGGGCUCGUGAAUUUUACCCAGAUGCUAAAAUUAAUGUUUGCACCUAAAUGGAGUUACUUUUAUCAUAACUUUCAACACAAAUACCCUCGACCGCUUUAGAUUCUUCACGCGAGACAAUCUCGUCCGGCAUAAAAGCGCUUUUGUGCUCAUCGCGUGGCUCGAAGCAAAUCACGGCUCCGUUUGUUUUCUCCCAUUAAACAUGCCGAGGAACAACAAGACCUCGCUGAUCCAGAAGAUAGCGAGCCAGGCUUAUGUGACCUUCCCAAACUGCUCUACAUCUGCCAUCGGGGAUAAUAAGACGUUUUUAGAGCGGCAGGCAGAGUUGGUCACCCUGCUGUCCGACAUCAGGGCUGCGGAUCUGAAGAUUGCGCCACCGAAGAAAGUCUCCAGAUCCUCUUCUCAGUCCUCAGCGGUCCCUCCAGUCACAUACAUGCACAUCUGUGAGACUGAUGUCUUCAGUAUGGGAGUGUUUCUGUUGAAAUCUGGGGCUUCCAUCCCUCUGCAUGACCAUCCCGGGAUGAAUGGCAUGCUGAAGGUCCUGUAUGGCAAGGUCAAUAUAAGGUGUUAUGACAAGUUGGAUAAAGCUGUUGGUGGCCAGAGUGACACUGAGAGGCAGUUUGAUCCACCGCUGUUGCCUUUCCAGGGAGAUGAUGUGAGGAGAGCCGUGCUCAGGUCCUCUGGACAGUUUUCUCAUCAGAGUGGCCCUUGCAUCUUGUCCCCUCUCAAAGACAACCUUCAUGAGAUUGAUGCAGUGGACGGGCCAGCUGCUUUUCUUGAUAUACUGGCACCACCGUAUGACCCUGACAACGGGAGAGAUUGUCACUACUACAAACUUUUACAAACUGCUGGCAAAAAAUCAGAGCAGAGCAGUGAAGACGAGACCUGGCUUUUAGAGAUCCCCCAGCCGGAAGAUUUCUGGUGUGGGGGCGAGCCAUACCCCGGUCCUAAAGUUUCAGUGUAGAGAGAUGAACACUGGAAUGGCCUGUGAUACAUCCUUAUUCUAACUCAGAUGGGUUUUUUUUUUGGGGGGGGGGGGGGGGGGCUUCAAAUGUCACUACAUGAUUUUUAAAUGUGUAUUGCAAACCUGUGUACAUCAAUCUGUGGCCUUGCUUGUGAAUAAUGAAUGUAUGCUUGAAAGGCAUUUACUCUGUAUAAGUGCACACUAUAUAUCUAUAUUAAAUACAUGUAUUUAAUUUAUAAAAAAAGAAAAAAGAGAGAAAAACAUACAAACACUAAUUCUUAUGCACUGUUUAUAUUUUUACCUUUAAAGUACAAUUAAAAUGUUCACGAAUCAUUUUUCAA